AUGGAGUAUGCAGACGAAUAUGGGGACGAUGUUUACUACGAGACGGAGGAGGGAAUUACAUCUGAAGACUGCUGGACGGUAAUCUCGGCUUUUUUUGAGUCCAAGGGUUUGGUCUCUCAACAGCUAGAUUCGUUCGAUGAGUUUAUUUCGACUACUAUGCAGGAACUGGUGGAAGAGCAGGGCCAAGUUACACUCGAUCAAACAGUACCUCCCAGUGACGAUGAACCCGACCCCGUUGUUUUACGCCGUUAUGAGCUUAAAUUUGGUACCGUUAUGUUGGCUCGACCUUCUAUGACGGAAGGAGAUGGCGCGACCAGUAUCAUGUUGCCGCAGGAAGCCCGUCUACGAAAUCUCACUUAUGCCAGCCCUCUCUAUCUUGGUAUCUCGAAGAAGAUUAUGGAAGGCCGGGAACGUCUACUAUCGGAACGAGACGAAGAAGAAGAAGAAAUUGAAGAAAAAGGUGAUGAAGAAAGACGGAAUCGUGGAACAUAUUUACACUGGGAACGCAAGCCAACCAUGGAGGACGAAGCGGAAGAGGAAAACAUUUUCAUUGGGAAGAUGCCCAUCAUGCUCAAAUCGAAAUACUGCAUUCUCAAAGACCUUGGUGAGCAAGCGCUCUACAACUGGAAUGAGUGCCCGUAUGAUUCGGGCGGUUAUUUCGUCAUCAACGGAAGUGAGAAAGUUUUGAUUGCGCAAGAACGCAGUGCUGGAAACAUUGUACAAGUCUUCAAGAAAGCUCCUCCAAGCCCAACUCCCUACGUCGCCGAAAUCCGAAGUGCGGUUGAAAAGGGUUCCAGAAUCCUCUCUCAGCUCUCCAUCAAGCUUUUCUCCAAAGGAGACAGUGCCAAGGGUGGAUUUGGUCCAACAAUUAGAUCGACACUUCCUUAUAUCAAGACCGAUAUCCCGAUCGUCGUCGUAUUCCGCGCGCUUGGUGUGGUGUCUGACGAGGAUAUCUUGAACCAUAUUUGCUACGAUCGAAAUGACACACCUAUGUUGGAAAUGCUCAAGCCCUGUAUUGAAGAGGGUUUCGUUAUUCAGGACCGUGAAGUUGCCCUCGACUUCAUAAGUAAGAGAGGAUCCUCACCAAUGAGCAUGAACCAAGAGAAGCGAGUACGAUAUGCCAGAGACAUCAUUCAAAAAGAAUUCCUACCUCAUAUCUCGCAGAGCGAAGGUAGCGAAACUCGAAAAGCCUUCUUUUUAGGCUACAUGGUCCACCGCCUGCUUCAAUGUGCGCUCGGACGCCGGGAUGUAGAUGACCGAGAUCAUUUUGGAAAGAAACGACUUGAUUUGGCUGGACCUUUGCUAGCGAACCUGUUCAGAGUUCUAUUUAUGAGACUCACCAAGGACCUUUACAAAUAUGUCCAGAGGUGUGUUGAAACUGGUAGACAACUUUACCUGAACAUUGGUGUCAAGGCUAGCACCCUUACAGGCGGUCUUAAAUAUGCGCUUGCUACAGGAAACUGGGGUGAGCAGAAGAAGGCUGCCAGCUCAAAGGCUGGUGUCUCACAGGUUCUUAACCGCUACACAUACGCCUCUACACUUUCCCAUCUUCGACGAACAAACACACCUAUUGGCAGAGAUGGUAAAAUUGCCAAACCUCGCCAGCUUCAUAAUACCCACUGGGGUCUUGUUUGCCCUGCUGAAACACCUGAAGGACAGGCUUGUGGUCUUGUCAAGAAUUUAGCUCUCAUGUGUUGCAUUACUGUCGGUACCCCAAGCGAGCCUAUUAUCGACUUCAUGAUUCAGCGAAACAUGGAAGUCCUAGAAGAAUUCGAACCCCAAGUCUCGCCUAAUUCUACAAAGGUAUUUGUGAACGGUGUGUGGGUGGGUGUACACAGAGACCCGGCACAUCUCGUGGGAACAGUCCAGUCACUAAGACGGCGAAACAUGAUUUCUCAUGAGGUCAGUUUGGUUUGGGAUAUUCGAGAUCGCGAGUUCAAAAUAUUCACCGAUGCCGGGCGUGUAUGCCGACCUCUCUUUGUAGUUGACAACGAUCCAAAGAGCGAGAACAGCGGGUCUCUUGUUCUUGUAAAAGAACAUAUCCAUAAACUUGAAGCAGACAAAGAACUUCCGCCAGAUCUUGACCCAGAAGAGCGAAGAGAGAGACAUUUCGGCUGGGAUGGUCUGGUCAAAUCUGGAGUCAUUGAAUAUGUCGAUGCGGAAGAAGAAGAGACAAUCAUGAUCGUCAUGACCCCUGAAGACUUAGAAGCAUCGAAGCAAUACCAAGCCGGCUAUGGCAUGCCUGAGGAGGAUACGACGGACCGUAACCGGCGUGUGAAGUCGAAUCUCAGCCAAAAGGCUCACACUUGGACUCAUUGUGAGAUUCACCCGAGUAUGAUAUUAGGCAUUUGUGCCAGUAUCAUUCCUUUCCCCGACCAUAACCAAUCUCCACGUAAUACAUAUCAAUCUGCUAUGGGUAAACAAGCCAUGGGUGUUUUCCUCACGAACUUCGAGCAGCGUAUGGAGACAAUGGCGAACAUUCUCUAUUAUCCACAGAAACCUCUUGCAACGACUCGAUCCAUGGAGUUCCUCAAGUUCCGUGAACUUCCUGCAGGGCAGAACGCUAUUGUGGCUAUAGCAUGUUACUCCGGCUAUAACCAAGAAGAUUCUGUCAUCAUGAACCAAAGCAGUAUCGAUCGAGGAUUAUUCCGAAGUUUGUUCUACCGAACAUACACUGAUUCUGAGAAGAUGAUCGGGUUGACAGUCGUUGAGCGAUUUGAGAAACCAAUGAGAUCUGAUACUCUCAGGAUGAAACAUGGAACGUACGACAAAGUGGACGACGAUGGCAUUGUGUCGCCCGGAGUUCGUGUGUCCGGUGAAGAUAUCAUAAUUGGGAAGACCUCACCUUUAGCACCCGAGGCUGAAGAGCUUGGUCAGCGAACGAAACAACAUACAAAAUUGGAUGUGUCAACUCCUCUUAGAAGCACGGAGAGUGGUAUCGUCGAUCAGGUCCUUGUGUCCACAAGUAACGAUGACCUGAAAUUUGUGAAGGUGCGGAUGCGGACCACAAAGAUACCCCAAAUUGGCGACAAGUUCGCUUCUCGACACGGUCAAAAAGGUACCAUUGGUAUCACAUACCGGCACGAGGAUAUGCCAUUCACUAGAGAAGGCGUCACCCCUGAUUUGAUUAUCAACCCCCACGCCAUUCCAUCUCGUAUGACAAUCGCCCAUUUGAUCGAGUGUCAGCUGAGUAAGGUUUCGUCUCUGCGUGGAUAUGAAGGUGAUGCUACUCCUUUUACCGACGUUACUGUUGACUCAGUAUCCAGUUUGCUUCGUGAGCAUGGGUAUCAAUCACGUGGAUUUGAGGUGAUGUACAACGGGCACACGGGAAGAAAGCUGGUUGCUCAAGUAUUCCUGGGUCCUACAUACUAUCAGCGUUUGCGACACAUGGUGGAUGACAAGAUUCACGCCCGUGCCCGUGGCCCAACACAGAUUUUAACUCGACAGCCAGUGGAAGGUCGUGCUAGAGAUGGUGGCUUGCGAUUCGGAGAGAUGGAACGUGAUUGUAUGAUUGCGCAUGGAGCCAGUUCGUUUUUGAAGGAGAGAUUAUUCGAUGUAUCUGACCCAUUCCGAGUACACAUCUGUGAAAUUUGCGGAUUGAUGACACCUAUUGCGUGA